AUGUAUAAAUAAAGCCACAUUAUCAUAUCAUAGAAGCUCCUGGCAUCAUGAAAAUUUCUGCAUUCCUAACUACAGCAAUUCUGUUUUGCGUUGCAACUCAAGUUUCAGCAUGGUGGGGAGGUGGUAGUAGUAGCAGUUCGUCACGUUCUAGUAGUGGUAGUGGUUCCAGUCGGUCAGGAUGGGGUUGGGGAAGUAGAGAUUCAAAUAGAAGAGUAUCAAUAUCAAGACCGGCUCCUAGGCCUAAACCUGCACCAAAACCUGCGCCCAAACCAAAGCCGUCGGGAGGGUGGUGGAGGUCAAGAACACCAGCUGUUAGCAGGAAUCCAGUGCCAAAGCCAAAACCGAAGCCUCUACCUACACCAAAGCCAUCAAAAGGAUGGUUGUGGUCAAGGAAACCAGUGAACAGGAUACCAGUGACCAAGCCAAAACCUAAACCACCAGUUGUUUCCUCCAUUAAAAACCCGAACUACAUACCAUAUAAAGAGAAAACAUUUAAGCAUCCAGAAAAUACAAAAGAUGUUAUUAAAGCAUUUGAAACUCACGGUGGAGAACCAAAUUUGAAAAUGUACAAUGCAAAGACAAAGGGAAUGAAAAAAGACCCAACAAUAGGUUAUGGAUUUAGCUUAGAUCGCAAGGAUGCCCGUAAAACAUUUAAGACCGUUUUGCCUGGUGUUGAUUUCGAUAGGGUAAAAGCUGGUACAGCGUCUAUCAAAAAAGAAGAUGCAAGGAAAUUGUUCAAUCAUGACGUCGACAAGAUUUAUCAACCACGGGCUAGAAACAAGCUUGGUGCUAAUGUUUUCGAUAAAUUACCGGCUAAUGUAAAGACAGCUGUAGUUAAUGCCCAAUACAGAGGUGACCUUGGACCAAAGACCAUUGGCUAUAUGAAGAAAGGGGAGUGGAAUAAAGUUAGCACUGAAUACCUUAAUCACAACGGUUACAAAAAUGCCUCUAAGAAUAAGAUGAAUGGAAUAGUGCAGAGAAUGAAUUGGAAUGCCAAACAAUUCGACUCAAUGUCUAAAAAUGGUUAAUGAAUUAAUGUUAAUUGACGAAAAUUUUUCGUCAAUCGAGAUAUAUGACAAUAAAAAGUCCAGAAAACAA